AAAAACAAAAAGUGCACAAUUAAAAAAGUGAACAUUUGGGUACCCUGAAGAUUGGUGUCGGUUCGAAGAAAUUUCGAUGGCGGCUCGGCAAAUUCAAAGGCGAAUUCUGAGUCUUCUCUGUACUAAGAAGCUUCAAGGAUUACCAUGGAGUUCUGUUUCUCCUGCAAGGUCAUCUUUUGGCACGAACGGAAUAUGUUCAAGACGGUCUUUUCAAACAGUUGCAGAAAUCACCAAGCAGGCUGUUGAAGUAGGGGAAAGUAUUAAAAAUCGCAAUCCAGAUGCUAAUACCGAUUCUGCUGCUGCAGUUGUCUCUAGUAUCAAGAAAGAAACCACAUACAAGUACACUUUGCAAUCUAAUCUAAAAAUCUCCCCAAGACAUGAUCUGAUGAUGAUCUUCACUUGCACAGUAUGUGAAACCAGAACCAUGAAAACAGUUUGUCGUGAGUCAUACGAGAAAGGUGUAGUGGUGGCUAAAUGUGAUGGCUGUAAAAACAUACACCUUAUUGCUGAUCGUCUCGGGUGGUUUGGUGAGCCUGGUAGCGUGGAAGACUUCCUGGCUGCUCGCGGAGAGGAAGUGAAAAAGGGUUGUGUUGAUACUUUAGGUUUUACACUCGAAGAUCUGGCAGGAAAGAAAACACUGGAAACUAUUAGGGGAGAAGUAGAAUCCAAAUCUGGAGAUUGAAAUUAAACAAGUUGAUUUUGUAAUGAACAACAUUGAAUAUGCUAGUCUAUAUGUGUUGUUUCUGCCAGAGCGAUGUUGCUUUGGCAAUUCUAUAAAUACUUAUUUAAGAGACUUAUUUAUGAAAACUCAAUAAGCCUCAA